CGAAUGCACGCACACCACUGCACGAUAUGCCUCGCGACAAUGCAUUCGACGCAUGCUUUCACGCACACUCAAAAAUCGGAUUCCUCUAUAGGCCUCUCUAUUCAGAGGUUAUAAGGGGUUCUGUGAACGAACGGAUUUCUGAGCAGAAAAUGUUUCGGUUCGUGAUAAAAAAAAAGUAAUGUGAAUGUAAAAUGUAAAAUUGCUGCCCUGCCAUGGCCCACCCUCAUCGAGGGUCGCACGGAUCGGAUUUCCACUGAAAACAUCCUACACCUACUCAACUGUAUCAACCAUAGAUAUACGUAGGCUUCCGCCUAUUGAUUAAGAUAAUCCGCAUUGUGCCAAGUGUUGCAGUCGUCGUGUUCCGGCUCCUGGAGCAUCUCGGUUGCUCAUGUGGUUUACCGACGGUUAUGUGCUAACUUCGCGGUUUCCCAGAACCAGCAUUUUCCGAUGCGUGCCGAACGAGUUCUUACUAGGUCCGACAGGAUAGCUAAUUCAAUAUUUCCAAGAACCAGCCGGGGGCUCCUUAUCACACAAUUGAAUUUGCAGUUUUCAAAUAACAACCAACACAGCCAUUCCGAUUUCCAAGUUUAGUCCGCUACAUGACUGCACCUAUGGCGUUCUACAAUCGUACGGUUGUUAUCAAGGGGGCGUUGGUAUUCAGUUUUCUGUUAAUUCUUCUCAAUCUCCUCAACUCCAAACUGGAUCUCACCUCGCGGAACGUAGCCGGACGUGUUAGCACCCCGUUUUGGCCAAAAAGAAUUCACACUAGUAGAGAGAGGUUCGCACCAGCUGUAACGCAUCAUGCUGCUGAAAAAGUAAACGUUUCAACGCUCAUUGAAAGCGAGCAAACUUUAGGGACUAGUCGAGGUUCAUUGCAAAAUGUGCCGAAACCGUCGGAUCAAUCAUUAGUGGCUGCGAGCAACACAACAGAAGCAACACACAAUAACUCUUCUGAAACACAAAACUCUACUUUGUUGCUCCAAGCGGAGCAAUUUGACGAGAUGCCAUACGCACCAGAAAUCGAAUCUAAAUCGCCAGUGAUAGAUAUCAGUGAAAUACGCGGAUCCAAUAACACAAUAGUGAUUGAUCCCGAGUCUGGUAGUAAUAAGGCACACAAUAAUUCCAAUAACGUUUACGCCAGUAGUCAUAAUAACGGAAGUACAAGUACGGACACUAUCACUUCAAAAGUCUCUCCAUCAGUAUUGAAAGUACUGAAUGCAAGCAAAAGCACUCCAAAGAACCGUAGGGAAAACGCAACUCGUGCGAAAACUCUUCCUGUUACAACAUAUGAAAUAACUAAACAGCCGAUUGGGAAAAACUCUGUUUCUGCUGCUGGUUCCUACAAGGAUGAAGAGCAUGGUUUGCAAGGGUUAGUUGAUAAGUUCGCCAUCAAUAUUUGUCCUCCGAUUCCUCCAAAUCUUGAGGGGCCAAUCAAUAUAGAUACCACUUACGAACCGCUUAACAUGAUAGAAGAUCGAUACAGAAACAAACUACAGCCCGGUGGACAGUAUACACCACCCGAUUGCACGGCGCGAAAUCGAGUGGCAAUUAUUGUUCCAUAUCGUGAUAGAGAGCAUCAUUUACCGAUUUUUCUUAAGAAUCUACAUCAGUUUCUCAUGAAACAACAGCUCGACUAUGGUAUUUACAUCGUUGAGCAAACGGCUGGCUCAUCCUUUAACAGAGCUGCGCUUAUGAAUAUCGGCUUUACUGAGGCUAUGAAACAACGAAAUUGGGAAUGCCUGGUUUUCCACGAUAUCGAUCUGUUGCCAAUGGAUGAUCGUAACCUCUAUACUUGUCCUGAUCAACCACGCCACAUGUCAGUGGCGGUAGAUACGUUUGGUUUUAAGCUGCCUUACAACACAAUCUUCGGUGGUGUCUCUGCAAUGACCGAGAAACAAUUUCGUACGGUGAACGGAUUUUCCAACUCCUUUUGGGGCUGGGGAGGUGAAGACGACGAUAUGUCAAACAGAUUAAAACAUUUUGGCUUCCACAUUGCACGUUAUCCUGUUAAUAUAGCACGGUACACAAUGCUGAAUCAUAAAAAGGAGAAAGCGAAUCCUAAAAGGUUCGAGAAAUUAGUAAACGGUCCAAAGCGUUAUGACAGUGAUGGGUUAAAUUCGCUACAUUAUCAACUUUUAAACCUCAUAAAGAAGCCUCUUUAUACAUGGAUUCACACAGAGAUCACACCAGAUAGCAGCUGAUGAUUAUCAUUUCUAGCGGAAUGGCUAGGAUAAAAGGAGAUAUCAUCCAUAAGCUCUCAACAAUGUGAAAAACCCCUUCAAAGUGACGACACUAACGACGUACAGCACACAAGCAAACUUCAAUGAACAAACCAAAUGUAUUUCUUUAGCAUAUUUUUUGCUAUCGCAUGCCGUGCCGUGUUCGUUAGCGGUUUCAGUUUUUUUAACUUAUAAGUGUCAUGUAAAAACUUUCCACGACAUCACAGUUAGACAUACAAGGAAAAGGAAUCGCUUCGGGUUAUCUAGACACAAUUUUUCAGUUAAUAGAAGAGAAUGAAAGUUAAUAGUUAUUCCUAGCUAUUAAUAGCUUAGUAAUAGCUCCUAUAGGCAGAGUUAUUUAUUUAGGAAACAACCAAUCGCUUAGAACUGUUUUGAAUCCACUCGAUUAACGGCGCCUUGCUUUAAUUUAACCAAGCCCGUUCACCUUCGUUUUGUGAUAAUGCGAGUAUCAAUUUCUUAAAAUAUUACAUCAGCUCGAGUAGCAAGCAAUAUCGAAUACUAUAUUACAGAUAAUUCUAUGGGGAUUGGAAGCUGUUUCUUGUAAGAUCAAAAGAUUCAUAAUCGAUCAAAAACUGUAUCUUUAAACUAUCACAGGAAAAACAAACAUUGCUGCAUGAGCAUUUGAAAGGAGAUUUAAGAGAAGAAAGUUAAACUAGACUGGAUUACCAAAAUAGAACGAAAACGAAUCUUACCAGAAUCUGGACAGGCGUGUUGAACGAUCCACAAUAAAUUGGAGAAAGCUUUACUUAUCGCUACUCAAACACACGACCCGAUUAAACCUGUUAAGCCAAAGUACAGUAAUUCGUAACCGGAAGCACAAAAAUGGUAAUAUAGUAAUCAUAGGAUAGGGUGACGUUUUUUUGUUCCGUCCGAGUGAAACACUUUUAACUUAAUAUUUAGCUUAAUAAUUUAGCUAAUAAGCUCAAAUGUUAAGUGUCCAUUCGAGGAUUUCUCGACACAACUUCAAUAGUUUCGAAUUCCUUCUAGGCAUUCUUCAGGGGGUUCUUUUGAUAAAACAUUGAAACAAAUUUAUUAUUUUUGUGUAAAAAACGAAUUGUAGAGAUCCUUUAUUGUCACAUAUUAACGGAAAUCAAUGGUUACUUCUUAAGGCGAGGAUUGAUUCUAACACAGAAUUCUUAAAAAUAGGUUCGUUACGGGUUAUUUGCCACUGAUAUUUUGGAAUUAGUUUUUUUUUAUAUAACGAUUGUUGUUUAUUUAGAUAACAAUGUCAACCAAAUUGUAAAAAUAUGUUAUUGGCUAUUCGGCUAUUGUGAAGCAAUUAAAAAUACUUUAAAGAUUUUUUUUGUGAAGCAGAAGACAGAUCUUUUAGAAUAUACAUGCUAAUCAAAGCUAGAAACAAAAUGAAGCCGAUUGAACAUUAUUGUUUAAAUGUAUAAAUAGAUAAAGGUCUACAGUUAGGGAAAGAUACAUUCUUAUAGAAAAAUACUUCGGUACACUAUUGUGACUGUGACUGCAAAUCUGUAAUAUGUGAACAAUAAUGAAUCGAAUAAGUUGAGUGAGAUGAGAUCUGUUGAGUUUUGAGUUUUGUAUGUAAAUAUUUGUUAAACCGUUUGAUUUUUCCUUCAUAAAUGCGUUGAUACAGAGAUAAAAAUCAAGAUAAAGCGCCUAUAGACUUUUUCUAAAGUAGGUGAUUUAAUGACUAUAGACGAUGUUCAAAAAAUUUUCAAUAAAGCUAUGUUCAAUUAAAAAAUUGAAAUUUGAA